GUAUGUCAAACCUCGACGUCUAUAAGUUGAGACAUGUCGACCAAGGGGAAGUUUGUCAUCAAGCCAUUUCGGCCACACUGUCAAAUGGACGCGGAGCAGGCGCAGCGGAUCUGGGCGCAGCUUCGCUUGGCUGUUUCGGAGAUUUACAACAAGAACGCAUCUGUCUUGUCGUUUGAGGAACUGUACCGCAAUGCGUAUAAUCUCGUCCUACACAAGCACGGCGACCUGUUGUACGACGGAGUCCAGGAAACGGUUGAAAUGCGACUCCGCUCAGUCGCCGAGGCGGUGGCUUCGAGCCCAGACGAGCAGCUUUUGAGCCAGAUCUGUGAGCAGUGGAAGGAGCACCAGGUGACCAUGGUCAUGGUUCGUGAUAUCCUCAUGUACAUGGAUCGCACGUAUGUCCCACAGAAUAAAAAGAUGGCCGUCUACGAUGUCGGCCUGCGGGCAUUCCGUGAAACGAUUACACGCCAUGACCAUGUGCGCGACCGACUGCGGUGUGUGUUGCUCGAGAACGUGAGGAUUGAGCGGGCCGGGAGGUUAAUCGAUCAGACUGGGAUGCGAUGCGCGCUUUAUAUGCUUGCUGAUCUUGGGAUUGAGAGUAGCAGCGUGUAUGAAGAGGACUUUGAGUGCUUCUUCCUUGAGGAGACACGGUCGUUCUAUCGGAACGAAUCGCGCGCAUUUCUCGCAGCCAAUACGUGCCCCGACUACCUCAAAAAGGUAGAGUCGCGGCUCAACGAGGAGCAGGACCGUGUGCCAAACUACCUCCACGCCUCAACGCGUCCGAAGCUCGAGCACAUAGUCGAGUCCGAGCUCAUCUCGGCGCACGCGGCAUCACUCAUCAACUCACGUGACGGUGGUUUUAUGUCACUCCUCGACAUGAGCGAGGACAGGAUGAGUGACCUGGCACGUAUGUAUGCCCUCUUCAGUCGGGUCCCAGCAACGCUGGACCUGUUGAGAGGAGCGCUUUUCGAGCAUGUGUACGAUGCAGGUCGAAGGCUUGUUGAUACUGCCGUUGAAAUGCCUGUUGAUUUCCUCGAGGGGCUUCUUCUGCUCCGGUCAAAGUAUGAUGCGGUUGUGACACUAGCGUUCCGUGGUGAAACAGCAGCACAGAAGCGGCUCAAAGAGGCUUUUGAGCAAUUCCUUAACGCAGACGCACGCUGCGCUAGCUGCCUUGUCAUAUAUGUGGACGAGCUCAUGCGUCGCGGCUUUAAGGGCGCGACCGAGCGUGAUGUCGAGCGACAGCUCGAUCAAGUAAUCCUAAUCUUCCGCUACCUGAACGACAAGGACGUAUUUGAGGCAUACUAUAAGCAGCACCUUGCCAAGCGCCUCCUCCAUGCUCGCUCGAUGCCGUCUGACGCUGAGCGGUCUAUGCUAGCCAAACUCAAGAGCGAGUGUGGAUACCAAUUUACUACUAAACUCGAGGGUAUGUUCACUGACAUACGAUUUUCUAAGGACGCGAUGGACAAGUACCGCGCACACACCACCCGCACGAGUCCCGGGUCCGAGGUACACGCCGUUGUGCGACCGACGAUCCUCGCCCUGGAUUUGGAUGUCACGACGCUCACGGCUGGCUACUGGCCCAUGCAGGCCACGAACACUUGUCGCCUCCCCGCAGCGGCACAGGCAGUAUGCGAGCCCUUCGAAAGCUUUUACCUAAAACAGCACACGGGCCGUAAGCUCACGUGGCUUACGAGCACUGGCUCCGCUGAAAUCCGCGCGACUUUCAGCCAGGCUGCCAAGCACGAACUCACAGUCUCGACAUACAUGAUGUGCAUCUUAGUACUCUUUAAUGACUUGGACCAUGGUGCAGAAAUUACCUUUGCGGCACUCGCCGCUCAGACUAAAAUCCCACGGAAUGAGCUCAAACGCCACGUCGUCUCUCUCUGCACGCCGAAGCAUCGCAUCCUUCUCAAGAAGUCAAAGGGCAAGGGAGUCUCCGACGACGACGCUUUCAAGGUCAACAUCAAAUAUUCUUCUAAGCUGAAACGUGUCCGCGUGCCCCUUGUUGCCAUGAAGGAAGCUGGCGCGCACCCAGACUCGUCGGACAAGGUCCCCGCCGCUGUAGAAGAGGACCGACGCCACCUUUGCGAGGCAACCGUCGUGCGCAUAAUGAAAGCUCGUAAGCAUGCCAAGCACAACGAUCUCAUCGCUGAGGUGACUCGCCAACUCAGCCAGCGCUUCUUCCCUCAACCUCAGUUUAUAAAAAAAUGCAUCGAGUCUCUCCUUGAGCGUGAGUAUCUCGAACGCGACGCCAGCGACUCAAAAAUGUACAUCUAUAUGGCUUAAAAGCACACUGUCUUCGAUUGCCUCUUCGCAGUCUCCAGGACCCAAAGGAGGUGCCCUUCGACUGCGACCGCGACUGUCAGCCUGUCGAGCGAGCCUGUCGUAGCUGCGUAGAGUCGGAAGUAUGGUGACGUGAAACGGACAUUCAUGAGAAACCGAAGGGAACUCCAACGCGGGAAAUUCGACGCGUUCUACUAGUCCUAAGACCGACAGAGUACUAACACAACGCCUAUUUCUUGUUGGUCCGUUUUGCGAAUCCACCCCUGCUCAUGAAGAGAACGACCACAUGCUUGACCACAUAUAGAAAAUAGUCAAGUUAUGAUAACCACAGCUAAAGCUUCGCGCACGCAAUAACUGUCCGUCUCG